UUAUUUUUUUUCAUUAGUUGUUGUAGUAGUUAACUAAUUGCAUGCCAUUGACAGCGAUAGAAAUCCAAUUCAUUAUAACUGGGAGGGGCGAGUUAAUGAAUGUAAUAAAAUGUAUAUAUAUUUUUUUAAAUUAAAAAAUCUUUUAUUUUCAAAUAUUCUUAGCAUUUUUUGGGAGUUUUCUAUUGAUCCUUUUAUUUAUUUGUUUUUUUAAAAGAAAAAUGUUUUUGAUUUUUGUAUGUUAAGGUUUUCUCAGGGAUUUUUUGCCGUAUUUUUCAAUUUUGUAUUUAGUCCCCCCACCCUCCCCACCAGUCCAUAACACUUUUAAUUGUUUUUUUUUAUUUUUACCAUUUUUAAAAUAUAAUUUUCAUUUUUUAUAUUUUUGUUAAUUGUAAAUUCUUACAUCACGGAGUUAACAAAACAACCACUCAACUUUACAACUUUCAUGAAGUUUCCAUAUUAAAUGGCCACUUUGCUGUAGCUUUAGAGCUUUUUUUGGGAGGGUGUGAUGCCUCAAAAGCUUAAUUACUGUCACGAGCUGGUUCUCACGGUCGCCGACAACAACAUGACGGGACAGUGUGUGUUUGUGUGUGUGUGUUCUUGCAUGCUUGAAUAAAUGAUGACACGGGCCCUUCACGCGGCCUUUGAAAGCAUUGAUCCUAGAAUAGACCUGAUAAAAUAUUAACAGGACCUGAUUUUUAACGCUGGCUGCACGUUUGUAUGGAUUUCGGAUGACAGAAGGCGGAGCUCGCGUUCUGUCGCCCUUUGUUUUAAAAGCAGCGGUGGGUGACUCGGCAUAUACGCUUUUGGCGUGGCCUCAUUUCAGCUCACACUGCAAGAGAGUUUGUGUGAUGGUCGUCAUUUAUUGUACUGUUAAGUUUUAACUUGUUUGUUCAUGGAUAUGUGAUUGGAAAUCGGGAGAUCAUGUCAUUUUCAAAGGAUUGGAAUCGGGUAAAAUAAAUGAUCGGAUGUUUAAAAUGUAUUUAUUUUUAUGUAUUAACUCAUUGUCUGUCAUUGAUGGCGAUAGACGUCCAGUCCUUUUUGACCGGGAGGGCGGCAGCGAUUGUUCGAUCGCAGCACUUCUCGGUGGCAGUGAAUGAGUUAAAGGCUAUAAGCAACCAAAUAAUCCAGAGGCAUAGAAUUCAUAAUGCCAGUGGUAUGGAGGGAUUAUUUGUUUACCAACAGCAAAGCCUGGUUUAUACCUGUCGCGUUCAACGUUCCAUAGGGAAACGUGAUGCGUGGAGGUCAUCUGGUACGGGUUUUUAACAAUGUACACUCUGUGCUGCUCCGUUUAGCUCUGUGCGGCUUGCCAGACUACAUGGGGCAGCAAAAAUGUCUAUGGCAUACGAGCAACUUCAUAAAAGAGAGAAUCCAUUUUCCUGCAAAGUAGGGGAGCUUCUUUGUUGUUUGAUGCCAUUGUCAUCCUAGUGGUCUUUAUCGACCAAAUCAUAUACAUGUUUGUACUAGUGAUCUUCUGCAAUUAGCAGUUCGUCCGCAAUGUUUUGUCACAGGAGUUGAUGAAUCCUCUCCUGUAAAUCGCUAUCGAUAGAUCAUCAAAAUCGGGUGACUCGGACUCACAUGCAAAAAUAUUUAAUGGGGAUGUUCCUAUUUCCUAAUUGGCAAUAGUAAAGUCUAAAUAUUUGAAAUGUUGUUCACAUUUUUGCAUAAUUUUUUUUUUUUCUCUCUCUGUUUCACUGGUGGUCGAGUGGGUCGUCUUUUGACCAAAGGGUCAGGGUCUUGAAAUUAGCUCUCACUUGUGCAUAUUGUCUUUGUGUUCUUGUCCAACCCCAGUCUCCCUCAGUAUUUUAAAUAUUUUGCAUAUACGUAAUUUUGCAGCAGCUGUUUUUAUGGUGAUUCUUUUUCUUGCUGUAAUAACUGUUUGCAAUUUUAAUCUUGAAUGAAAAACGCUUACCCCGCCCACCGACCGGUCCACGCCCAAAUGUCCAACCCGGUGAUGGUAAAUCAUUAAUGAACUGCUCCUGUCUUGGUUCGCAUUUGAGUCGAUGACACAAGGUUAGUUGGGUCUUGGUACGCCUUCCCUUUAAAAGUGUGAAGCGUGCCCAUCAUGCGUCUGGCGCUGGACAUUUGCGGGCAUUUUGCCAAGACAACUUUAUCUCCCCCAGUCGAUGAGGCUACCGAGAACGAACCCGGCGACAUGGACCUGAGCGGCCUGCCGGAGACGGCAGUAGACUCUGAAGAGGACGAUGACGAAGAGGACAUCGAGCGGGCGUCCGAUCCUCUCAUGAGCCGGGAUAUUGUCCGAGACUGCCUGGAGAAGGACCCCAUGGACAGGACGGACGACGACAUAGAGCAAUUACUGGAGUUCAUGCAUCAGCUGCCAGCCUUCGCUAACAUGACCAUGUCGGUACGGCGUGAACUCUGCGCCGUCAUGGUCUUCGCCGUAGUGGAGCGCGCUGGCACCAUCGUUCUCAAUGAUGGAGAGGAACUGGACUCGUGGUCGGUGAUAUUGAACGGUUCGGUGGAGGUGACGUACCCUGAGGGCCGCACGGAGAUUCUCUGCAUGGGCAACAGCUUCGGGGUGUCGCCCACCAUGGAAAAGGAGUACAUGAAGGGAGCCAUGAAGACCAAGGUGGACGACUGCCAGUUUGUGUGCAUAGCCCAGCAGGACUACUGCUGCAUCCUCAACCAGGUGGAGAAGAACAUGCAGAAAGUGGAAGAAGAAGGAGAGAUCGUCAUGGUCAAGGAGCAUCGAGAACUGGACCGAACGGGCACCAGGAAAGGACAUAUUGUCAUCAAGGGCACUUCGGAGCGUCUAACAAUGCACUUGGUGGAGGAGCACUCAGUGGUAGAUCCCACCUACAUUGAGGACUUCCUGUUGACAUAUAGGACCUUUCUGUCCAGCCCCAUGGUAGUGGGCAAGAAGCUACUGGAGUGGUUUCAUGACCCAAGUCUCAGGGACAAGGUGACGCGGGUGGUCUUGCUAUGGGUGAACAACCACUUCAAUGACUUUGAGGGUGACGCCGCCAUGACUAACUUCCUGGAGGAGUUUGAAAACAACCUGGAGAGAGAAAAAAUGUGCGGCCACCUGCGCCUGCUGAACAUCGCGUGCGCCGCCAAAGCUAAACCUCGCCUGGUGACGUUAACCAAAGCGUCCAGGGAGGCCGCGCUCGCAUUCAGCCUGCUGGGAGGGCAAGACAAAGGCUUCAGGGUCUUCAUCGAUGCCGUGGAAGCUGGCAGUAAGGCGGCAGAAGCGGGGCUCAAGAGAGGGGAUCAGAUCUUGGAAGUGAACGGGCAGAACUUUGAGAAUGUCCAGCUCAGCAAAGCUAACGAGAUUCUGAAGAACAACACUCAUUUGUCCAUAACUGUGAAAACCAACCUUUUAGUGUUUAAAGAGCUGCUAACCAGGCCCGAGCAGGAGCUCCACGGCGACGUAGACGGCGAAGAUGAGCACGAUCGGAAGAACGGCGCGCCGCACCUGCCCAAGAUCGGCGACAUCAAAAAGGCUAGCCGUUACUCCAUACCUGACCUGGCGGUGGAUGUGGAGCAGGUGAUGGGCUUGGAGAAAGCCAGCAAGAAGGCCAAGAGCAACUCUGUGGGUGGGAGGAACAAGCUUAAGAAGAUCUUUGACAAGACGCUCACUAGUAUCCUGCCUCCCAAACCUUACAACGACGUGUGCGUGGGCCAGUCGCAGGACGACAGCAUCGUGGGCAUGAAGCAGUCCAAGCAGAUCCCGCCGGCGCUACCUGUCAGCGGCAACCUGUCGUCGUCCAACCCCGACCUGCUCCAGUCACACCACCGCAUCCUGGACUUCAACAACCAACCCGUGCCGGUCAUCCUGAAUAUGUCCGACCAGGUGCUUCGGGUGUUUAAGGCGGACCAGCAGUCGCGCUACAUCAUGAUCGGCAAGGACACCACAGCCAAGGAGGUGGUGGCCCAGGCCAUCCGGGAGUUUGCACUGACGGCCGCGCCCGAGGCCUACUCACUCUGCGAGGUGUCCGUGACGCCCGAGGGUGUCAUCAAGCAAAGGCGGCUGCCCGACCAGCUCUCCAAGUUGGCGGACAGGAUCCAGCUGAGCGGCAGAUACUACCUGAAGAGCAACAUGGAGACAGAGACUCUAUGCUCGGAUGAGGAUGCCCAGGACCUCCUUCGAGAGGGCCAGAUCUCAUUGCUGCAGCUGAGCACGGUGGAGGUGGCCACGCAGCUAUCCAUGCGCGCUUUCCAGCUCUUCUGCGCCAUCGAACCCACGGAGUACAUCGACGACCUGUUCAAGCUACGCUCCCGGACGGGCGCCGCCACCAGCCUCAAGCGUUUCGAGGAGGCCAUCAACCACGAGACAUUCUGGGUGGCCAGCGAAGUCACGCGGGAGCCCAACCAGCUCAAGCGUAUGAAGACCGUCAAGCACUUCAUCAAGAUCGCGCUGCAUUGCCGCGAGUGCAAAAACUUCAACUCCAUGUUUGCCAUCAUCAGCGGUUUGAACCUGGCUCCCGUCUCUCGACUUCGAGGGACGUGGGAGAAGCUACCCAGCAAGUACGAGAAGCUCUUCGGCGACCUUCAGGACUUGUUCGACCCCUCCAGGAACAUGGCCAAAUACCGAAACGUCCUCAACAACCAGAACCUGCAGCCACCCAUCAUCCCGCUCUUUCCCGUCAUCAAGAAAGACCUCACCUUCCUGCAUGAAGGUAACGACUCCAAAGUGGACGGUCUGGUAAACUUUGAGAAGCUGCGGAUGAUCGCCAAAGAGAUCCGCCACGUGGGCCGCAUGGCCUCGGUCAACAUGGACCCUAACCUCAUGUUCAGGACCAGGAAGAAGAAAUGGAGGAGUUUAGGGUCCCUGAGUCAGGGCAGCGCCAACGCAGCAGUGCUGGACGUGAACCAGACGGGCGGCCACAAAAAGAGAGUGCGGCGGAGCUCCUUCCUCAAUGCAAAGAAGCUGUACGAGGACGCCCAAAUGGCGCGCAAGGUCAAGCAGUAUCUGGCCAACCUCAGCUUGGAAACCAACGAGGAGAGUCUGCAGACGCUCUCGUUGCAGUGCGAGCCCUCCGUCAGCACACUGCCUAAGAACUCAGGGGUCCGCCGAGCAGACACGUCCCCCGUGGUGUCCAGAGCGGCCAGCCAGCAGAGGGGGCAGCUAGCCAAGGGCCCCCAGGCAUUGCAAGUCCCUGCUGUGGCCCUGUACCCAUCACGCAAGAAGGUGCCCGUCAAGGACCUGCCUCCUUUUGGCACCAGCUCCCCACAGUCCCUGAAGAAAAUUCUGUCGCUUUCAGAAGAGGCCAGCGAGCGCCAUCGCAGGCAUCCGGAGGACUCAACGACGUCCAACGCAUCCUCGCAGCUCUCGUCGCCACCCGGCUCCCCGCAAAGCUCGCCCAAGAAGGGUUACAAUCGCACGGGCGACUCAUACUCGGACUGCAGUCAGAGUGAGAUGUCUUCUCGGUCCAGCCUGCUCAGCAACUUGUCCUUCGAGGACGAGCGGCGUCUGAGGCACUCGGGGUGUGUCGGUGACUCCCAGUUAGGGGGUACGCGCCUGGAACGGAGGGCCGCCACCGAUCCUGACCAAUACAGCCUUGGAUCAUACUCGUCGAUGCAAGACUGCCGGGGCAUCUACGCAGGCUGCCCCACGGUGCUGUCGUCCCCCAGCUCCGAGGAGCUGACCCAGGAUCAGGGCGACCGCGUGUCCUUGGACGCGGCCGACAGCGGGCGCGGCUCUUGGACGUCCUGCUCGUCCGGUUCCCACGACAACAUUCAGACCAUGCAGCAGGGGCGCAGCUGGGAGACGCUGGCCUUUGGCGGGGGGCUCCCGCCGGGCGGUGGCCCCGAAGCCCUGCUUUGGGCGGCGCAGGCUCGGGGCAGCUGGGCCUCGGCCGGCUCGUCCUCGUCUUCGUCCGCCGCCUACUGGGGCGAGGACUCGGAAGGCGACACGGGGACCAUCAAGAGGCGGGGCGGCAAAGACGUCAACGCCGACGCCGAGACCAGCAGCAUCACGUCCACCGGGUCUGAGGACGCCAAACAGACGGGGCGGCCUUCGCCCUCGCCCUCUCCCGUCACCGCCGCCUGUAAAGGACUUAUGUCCCGGAAAGAGGGUCGGUACCGCGAGCCCCCUCCGACGCCGCCCGGCUACACUGCGCUGACCCUGUCCGACGGCCAGUCGACGCCCCCUCCCGGCCCCGCUCCUGCAACGUUGACGACGCCGUCGAGCCGCCGCCCGCCCGACUACACCACGGCGCUCCAGCGCUCGCGCAUGGUGACGCAGUCCCCCGACUCACAUGCCCACCAGGCGUCGUCCAAACAGAGGGGGGGAGGACCCCAGCGAUCCCGGGACGAGGACGACGACGAGGCGGCGGCGGAUGAGGAGGAGGAAGAGGAGGGUGAGUCUCCUAAACUUGUCGAUCUGAGGAAGCCAAGGGCGCAGCGACAGUGACAGUUUGUGUGCGGGGGGGUCGCCCCCUAACCAUUGGGCAGAUGAUGAGCAGGUGUCGGCAGUUUGAAGAGGAAAAAGCAGCAACGUGCCAUCCCCUCCGAGCGACCACUCUGCUCUCGUCAAGCUACGUACGUGCCUGUUCCGCCUCCUGAUUGGCGGGAGCUCCUGUUGGCUCCUCCCCUUCCUCCCCGCUCCCCCGCCUUAAAGCAUCAUGGGGGGUUGACGGACCCUGCAUGCAAAACAUGAUAAAGAAAAUACUGUGAAGAAGAAGAGGAGGAGGUGAAAAACGACAAACGCUGGCACUUUUGGGACAAUUCCAAGACAUUUAAAGAAAAAAAAAAACGGCAACAAUGUUGACAUCCAUCUGCACUAAAAUGAACUACAAAAAAAACACUUGCAGCAGACGUUUGGAGGACGCUUUCAAUCAAAGUCUUUUGCACUCCUGACCCGCUCCAGGAUGUCGGAACAGUGACGCCAGUAUUAAAACCGAUAACAUUUCACACAUAUUUGACGAGCACUUUCAGCACAAAAAUCUAGCCGACGCGCACCUGGACGCCAGGGUAACCGUUAAAAAAAAAAAGCACAACAACAAUAACAAAAAAAGGGGGAUCUUAAAGAAAGGCGCAAGGACUGGAAAACGAAUUGUGACUCACAUUUGACGUGAAUGUGCAAAAAAAAAAGCGCCUUACGAGCACAUCGCGCACCAAGCAAGCAGAGUGAAAUGCCUUAUUAUUCCACAACGCUUCCUUGACAUCAUCAUGGACAACCCCCUCGGACUUGUUACACAAAAAGAAGAUCUGAUGACUGGGACUCGACGGGAGGACUUUUUGUUGUUGUUGUUGUUUUUUGUAGACUUCGGUGGCGAAGGAAUUCAAAUUGAAAAAGAAAAAAAAAACUGCUGCCAACAGGUUUGAUGCGAAGGAGUGGUAAAGUCACGCGCACAUGAAAACCAGUUCAAGUUAGAAUGUUAACAGAAGCAGAAUUGCAUCAAAUCACAUUGAAAGAUUACUAUUAGGAGGUUAUGUUAUGAGAAAAAGUCUUAAGGAUAAAAACAUUUUAACAAGAAAUAUGCUAAUAAUUAGUGUUGCACCAAUAGCAAUACAGCACAAAAAAGUCAUUGAUGUUCGUUCAUUCGGUGCAAGCCCUCCCAUUUCAAAUGGAUUGGGCAUCUACUAGUGAUCUUGGCCAGUUAGUUUAUUAGUAGUAGACGUCCAAUCCAUUUGAAGCGGAAGGCUCCCACUUCAAAUGGAUUGGAUGUUUAGCAGAGUCAACGGCAGCCAUUGACUGAAGCAAUGUCUGACCAAGACAUAAUGGCAAUUAGUUUACAGUCAAGUGAGUAUACAAUAAGGCUAGGUUCGUACUACAGGUCUUAAUGCACAAAUCCGAUUUUUUGCCAUAUCUGUUUUUUUGGCGUGCCCGUUCAGAUUGCCUUUGUCCAUUGACACCGCUCAAGUAUCACACAUGCGCAUUAAUUCUUAGUCCGACACGCGCUGAGCAAAAAGACCCGCAUGCGCAGAAGCAUCAAAACAAAUGGUCGCACAUACUGGCUGUCAUCCGUCCUUCCAGGGAUAUCAUAUCUUGCUUUUCAAAAAGAGGACACAAAUAACAGACGUACGUAAAUAAUCCCCGUUUAGGCUUAUAUUCAAAGUUUAUAUGGAUCAAUAGCAUGCACGCACUGUCCGUGCAUGUCACACACACAUACGGGCAGUUUGCCCCGACUCUCAGCCGUGUAGGCAAUGUUGAAAUAUUGCUCACAUAGAGCAGAGAGAAAACCGAUCAUUUCUCAGGCUUAUCCUCAACUCAUUUUAAUUUUUUUAUGACUGUUGUCAAGCCUGGCGCUAAUAACGCACAGCUGCACUGCUACCGUAGCGUCUCUCCCGCUAUUUGAUGACGUAAUUGCUGCAUGAAUUCCGAUUUGAGAGUCUUGACAGUUCAGACCGCCAGUCACGUUCUGAAAAAAUGUGGCCCAGAUCGGAUUUGAACCACAUACGAAAGUGACCCAGAUCGGAUUUGAAAUGGUCCACUUCUAUGCGACUUGUCACGUUCAGACAGUUAAUGCCUGACUCGGAAAAACACGAAAAAAUGGGAUUCGUGAAUUAAGACCUGUAGUAUGAACCUAGCCUAAUUGAGUAUUUCAAACAAAAAAAAAGCUAUAUUUUCCCCCAAGUAAUGUGAUAUCGGUACAGUAUCGACAUCAAAAACCUGCGCCUGCUGAUGAAGUCACCACAAUGCUCGGGUUGCAAAAACUCUCGUCUUUUCCAUUGUGUCAAAAAUGGACAAUUUAUAUGAAGACAUUUUUCAUUAUUUGAAAAAAGUAACAUAAGCAGUGGAUGAUGGAUCAUGGAUUUCACUAUCAGUUGACGGGAAACGGGGCGUGAGGCCGCUCCGUAGGGGGCCUAGUUCAAAUAUUUUCAAAACCAAAGCCACAAGCGACCUAAAACCAAAACAGGCACCUCUCUUAGGCAUAUAUACUGUAAGUCUCGAUGAGCAGCGGCAUCAAAAAUAUUUAGUCGUUCCCUAAUAAAAUCCCGAUUAAUUAUAUUUUAUAUCAGUAUAACAAAACUUAAAAUGGCUAUAAAAUUCUUAGAUUUUACGUAAUAUGCACAAAAAUCACCAAAUGUAGAGAUAAUCACCUAUAUUUUCAGGAUCAAUAGCACAAUUUAACGUAUAGGUUUUUGCCUGAAAUAGCGAGUUUUUUUUUUUUUUUUUAAUUUAGUGCAAUUUUGACAUAAGUUUUCAACAGCUAAUAAAUUUUCACAUCGGAAACUUAAUACUGGAGGAAAGCAUGCAAAAUCAUCUUAAUUUUACUCAGCAAAAGCAAGUUUUGAAUUUAUCUGGAUACAAUCACAACUUAUUUAGUUUGAAUUCCGAUGUCACUGUUUCCUUAGCAUGUCUUGCCGGCUCUAUGACCCUUGUCGUUCUUAGAUCGGAAUGUUACACACACACACACACACACACACACAAAAAAAAACACACACAGAAAAGACUUUUUUUGUGUCUGAGCUGAGAAAUGUCUAAAUUACUAGGGUUUUUUUUGCAACCCCCCCCCCCCCCCCCCCCAAAAAAAAAACGGGCAGUUGGCCGAAAAUCACCUGAUUAUUUGAAUGUAAAGUUACACCAUUGUGUAGGAUUACAAAAUCCAACAUGGCGGCCAUGACAAAACAAAGAGCUUUUUAGGUUGAAAAUUCUUGUGAAUAAAUGUGUGAAUCCAGGAAUUUCUAUAGAUAUCAACUUCAAACAGUGUAGAUUCUUGGUUAAAGCAAAAAAAAAAAAAAAAAAGGGCAGCUAUCAUUCAAUUUACAUAAAUAUUUCAAGCUAAAGUUAUGCAAAUUUUUUUCCAUUUCAUUUUUUUCACAACGUGUCAAAGGGCAUGCAUGGCGCUAUUUUAUAUAAUAAUUACCUUGAAUCCUCGACCAAAUCACUCUUGAGAGACUCCUGCCUGUUUGUUUGCGCUAAAACUUUUGUCCUGUUUCCACCUAAAUCCGGUGUUAGAACACAGCGUGUUUGAGUUUAUCACAGUUAAAGCUUUCACGACGCUUUGCCUGGCCCAGCCCCCUACGGGAAGCCGUGGCGCAAUGUAUGUAGGAGCUGUCUCGUCGUCAAAGAUAGUGAAAUCUAUUGGUGGAUAGAUAUUCAAUAAGGAUGGAAGUAACUUUCUUUAUAAAUCACUUUAAAACUGUACAGUACUUAGUAUUUACUGUGCUUUAGAGAGGCCACAUGAAUGAACAGGCUGGCGUGAUCAUAGAACAGCAAGCUUGCGUCUGAUUGGUAUAAUGGAGUCGUGAUUAUUGCGAUGUCUCAUUGAUGAAAUUACUAGAGUUACUCUUGGCAUUGAUAGCAAAAAUAAAAAUAUGUAGAAUAAAGAGGAAAAAUGUAACGACUCUUUUGUAGCCCAAAGUAGCGGAGUAAAAGAAGCGUUUUUUUCUUCACAAAUCUACUAAGUAAAAGUAAAAAGUAUGUCUUUGUAAAAGUACUCUUACAAAUACAUGUUUUUACUCAAGUAAAUGUAACGGAGUACAUGAAACGCGCAGGGGUCGCGUUAACAGAAUAUUUUCCGUCGUUGACCGGUUUUUUAAAACGGUGACGGAAAAAACUGAAGUCCAUCCGUCAUUUUGACAGGUUGCAAUUCACACCCCAGACCACAGGGUGGCGAGUGAGCAUAUUAAUUAGCUAUUGUCUCUCUUGAUGCAUGACGUCGUUGGCCUUUAACUAAAAUACCCAAACAUUUAUAGGUUUUCAUAUUUUAAUGAGGAUAACAUGCAAACAAUGACAGAAGAGGGACAAAUGAGUAAGUGAACCAUCUACCUAACGAGACUUAAAGAGCAAUUGAAACCCAUUUUUACCAAAAAAUUUAAGUCAGGUGUGUGCCCAAUCACUGAUGAGUGGUUUAAAGCUGUCCUACCCACUAUAAAACACACACCUGGUAAGAAAUGUCUUGAUGAGAAGCAUUUUCUGAUGUGCAUCAUGGCUCGGUCAAAAGAGCUGUCUGAAGACCUGCGAUCAAGGAUUGUUGAUUUAUAUAAAGCUGGGACAGGAUACAAAACCAUCUCUCAAAGUCUGGAUGUUCAUCAAUCGACAGUCAGAGAAGUUGUCUACAAAUGGAGAGAGUUUGGCACUGUUGCUUCUCUCCCAAGGAGUGGCCGUCCACCAAGAGUUCAGGGCAGAAUACUCAGAAAGGCAGUCUAAUAUCUCUGUGCACACAUCAACUAUAUGUGUAUAUAAUAAAUCGUUGCUUGUUUAAUGUUUGCAAAAAGGCACUUCAAAUGAACUCCAUAGAAGUUUUGGCAAAAUAUUUUGUGUACUGAUGAAAGCAUAGUUGAAUUGUUUGGGAGUAACACACAACGUCAUGUGUGGAAGAAAAUGGAACUGCUCACCAACAUCAACACCUCAUCCCCACCGUGAAGCAUGGUGGAGGGAGCAUCAUGAUUUGGGGCUGUUUGCUACCUCAGGGCCUGGACAACUUGCAAUAAUUAAUGUAAGAAUGAAUUCAAAAGUUUAUCAAGAUGUUUUGCAGGAAAACCCAAGGCCGUCUGUCAGACAGUUGAAACUAAAAAGAGGAUGGAUGCUGUAACGAGACAAUGAUCCAAAACUCACGAGUAAAUCAAUUUCAGAAUGAUUUCAGAACAACAAAAUGCACGUUCUGGAAUGGCCAAGUCCAGACUUGAACCCCAUUGAGAUGCUGCUUCAUGAUCUAAAGACAGCGAUUCGUGCCAGACAUCCCAGGAAUCUGACUGAACUACAGCAGUUUUAUAGAGAAGAACGGGCAAAAAUUAGUACUGAUUGAUGUGCCAGACUGAUCUGCAGCUGCAGAAAGCGUCUGGUGGAAGUUAUUGCUGCCAAACAAGGGACCACAAAAUAUUAAAUGUGAUGGUUCACUUGGUUAUUUCCAGUUAUUUUCUGUCAUUGUUUGCAUACUAUACUCAUUUAAAUAUGAAAACCUAUAAAUGUUCGGGUGGUUUUCGUUGAAGCACAGUUUUUUCAUCUGUGUGAUUUUGACAAAGAUCACAUUUAAUGAUUUUGGUGACAGAUAUGUGAGGAAUUCCAAAAGGUUCAGAUACUUUUUCAUACUACUUUAGCAAGAAAUCGGAACGUCACCGUCAAUUGCAGAUCUUCGAACAGUUUGUGCAACCCGAGCUGAUUGUGUACCUACACCGGACUCUAUAUUGGGAGCCUAAAUCAUGGGAUUGGUGCAACACUAUUGAAAACAAGAUUUAAUCUUAAUAUUCCAAGGAAAGAAAUACUGACCUGAUGACCUGAGGAAGCUUGAAAUAUCAAUUUGUAAUGAAACGUAUGUUAGAAAAAAAUUGAUUCGAAAUUUUUCAAGUAUAGAAAUGUCAUUUUGGCAGAAAAAUUCAAUUGUAAAAUCAGUAUUUUUUAUUCUGUCAGGGAUUAGGGGGAGAUUUGUAAUUUUACAGGGAACCAGUUGUAGAUUACCAAUACAACCGAAAAUAUUACCAAGAAAAAUAAUCACAUUAGAAGAAAAUGGCAAUUUUUUCAAGAAUUUAGUUAGAAUUUUCAAACAAUUUCUGCUAAUAUUCCACCUUGAAUGUUGAGCUUUUCUGACAUGUCUCCCAAUGAAUUAUUGUGGCUAUUUUUCAAUCGCUCCAAUGUUUCCUUCAAUCACAGAUUCCCGCUGAUCACAUUGAUCAGUUUUGGAGAAAAGGAUUUCGGGUUCGGGUCUUACAAUAUAUAGACUGAAGGCAACAACACACUAAAAAAAAAAAUGUUUAUUUUUGUUUUGUUAUUGUGAUAUACGUUUUUGGUUUCGUUUUGUACGGGCCGCAUUUGAAGACGUGACGUUGCACAAAAGGUGUCGGUUUGAUGUCGUGGGUAGAACUGCUACUGUUGUGAUGAUGACGAUGAUGAUGAUGAUGAUGACAUUGUGUACAUUUUAGUUGGUGAUGUUCUCUUCCCCUCUUGUACGACUCGCACUUGUAUGUCUUUUACAAAGACAAUCGGUGGAGUACGUGGCGCUCAUUUUUUUUUUUCCAAGGUUUUUUUUUUUGUAUUUUUAAUACAAUAAUUGUAAAUAUUGGUUCUAUUUUUGUUCAAAUGUAUUACGUUUAUGCCUCAACAUCCAGUUUGUAUGAAGCUGGGAAUUAAUAAAUACUGCAUUCAGAGUACAA